AAUUAAAUAUUUUCCUUCUGUCUUUCUGGCUGUGCUGUUGCCCAAUACCCAAACGACUUUUCUCUCUCUAAUUUUUCCACCUUUUCUUUUCCUUGGUUCCUCUCUCUCUUCUUUAAAUUUCCUCUAUCUAUAUGUCUACAAAACCAAACGGGACCGUCUCUGUCCCUUCUUCGUUCUCCUAACUUCCGCUUCUGCUCCUUUCUUCUCCGUCUCUGCUUAUAGUAAUAAUAAAAAUAAUAUAUAGCUAACUAGAAUUGAAGCGAGAGAACUGUACAGUUGAGCAUAUAAGGUUUUCUAAAGAAAAUUAAAAAAAAAAAAAGAAAAAUGAAUCAGUGUGCGAUCCAACCAACUGCUUUCUCCACCCGCGAAGAGAUUCGGAGCUCCGUUAUGGUUCCCAUCUCGGAACGAAGAGAUACGGUUGUUUGUCCCAAACCGAGACGUCUCGGUCCUUUCAACGCCACCGCUCACGAGCACCCGGUUCGGUCUCUCAGAUGGCAUCUCAGCCACCAAGCAGAACUCGGUGAUUCAAAGGCCGGAGCUGAUCUUUUGGAUAUCAUCCUCACUAAGGGUGGUUAUGGUGUAGAACAAUCAUGUACACAAGUAGCCUCGUCGCCCCCCUUUUUUUGUGGGUCACCGCCGAGCAGAGUAGCUAACCCAUUGAUUCAAGAUGCUCGAUUUGGGGAUGAGAAACUUUCCCCUGUCUCGCCGCUUAUGCCCAUGCCAAUUCAGCCUCCAUCAGGUUCAUCACCAUCUCCAUCUUCCUCUUCAAGGAAAGGAGGGUGUGUUAGGGCAAAUUUUGGAAACAAACCUGCGGUGAGAAUCGAGGGGUUUGAUUGCCUUGACAGGGAUCGCAGGAAUUGUAGCAUCCCUGCUUUGGCUUAGGAACCCUGUUUUCAACUAUACAAGAAAAGUACAUAAUUAAAGAGGAGCUAAACAAACAGUCAACUUUGGUAGUGAGAGGAAUUUUGAAAUUCUCAUGAGAUUGAAAAGUCAAAAAAUGGGGGAUCUUUUGUUAGUGUAAAUAUGUUUAAAGGUUCUCUUGUAUCUAAUGAUGUUUCUGUCUUUGUAAGUCAAAUCAGUGUUUGUUAACAAAAAUAAUGGAGAGGGUUAAUAGUAGAAUUUUGUGAUUAGGGAAAUAUCAAGAGGAGAAUAUGGAUUAGGUUUUGAGAAGGGAAGACAAAGCAAUCAAUCUCUUCCCCUCACUCCAUCCUCUGUUCUUAUUGUAAGUAAUGAGAGUGUCAGGUGAUGAGAAUGUGAAAAUUUUUUCAUGUUUUGUCCUUUUUUUGAGUCCUGAAAUUCAAAUGAGCGGCUUAUGAAGGGAAAAUUUGUACAAUUGUCGAUUGAGUCUUUGAAGUAGGGUGUCAUUUACAAUGUAAAUAAACUCUUUUUUUUUUCUCUUUUAAAUGGAAUGAUUCUGUUUUCUUUUUCGUCCAUA